AUGCAACUUUGGGACUGCAUCGUUGUGGGCGGGGGCAUCGCCGGGUCUGUGGUCUCAAACCGACUCCUCCAGCAGGAUCCCGAUCUCAAGAUCUUGCUCAUCGAGGCCGUUCCCAACACUCAUGCUGUCAAAAACAUCGAAUGGAUCGACAUGAGCAGCGCGAUUGGCAGCGAAUAUGAUUGGGGCUUUUCUUCGGUACCGCAGGUAAAUUUCGAUAACCGAGAGAUCGUCUCGCCGGUGGGAAAAGGCCUUGGGGGAGGCACGAUCAUCAACGGAGACUACGACAUCUGGGCCGAGCGGGUUGGCGAUGAGAGGUGGAGCUACGAGGGCCAGCUGCCGUACAUGUGCAAGACUGAGACGCUCUUUGACAACUCGACAAACCCUCUGGCGCAUGGCCACAGCGGCCCUAUCAAGAUCCAGUCUCCCGGUUCGACCGAUAGGGUGUUCCCCCUGCGGGAUGCUCUGCUCAACUCGUGGAAAGAGCUUGGUGUCGAUGCCGACGCGCCGCUCAUCGACCCCAACUUCCUGGGCACCGCCGUCGACCGCUACGCCGCGCGGCAGACGAUCCGCCGCAACAUCAGGCUGUUGACUUCGAACGACACGGUGCUCGGUCGGGAGAUCAUCGCCGGCGAGCUGGCUGCCAGCCCGUUGACGGUAGACUCGACGGACGAGGAGAUCGACGCCCGGGUGCGGGAGAUGGCAGGUGGAUGUUACCAUCCGGCCGGGACGGUAUCGAUGGGCACGGUUGUCGAUACAGACCUGCGUGUCAUUGGGGUUUCUGGCCUCCGGGUUGUCGACACUUCAGUCUUCCCGGUCUCUGUCUCGGCGAACUUGCAGGUCGCGACGUAUGCCUUGGCGGAGCAAGCAGCAGAAAUCAUCUUCUCUGCCAUGAAGAAGUAA